AUGGUGUUACUUGAUGUAAAUUUCUCCAAAUCUGUUCCGCUAAAGAAACAGUCUCAUCUACUGUACAUCUUGGAAGGCUUGAGGGUGAACAACAUGCCCAUGAUGGCCCUGGUGCACCCCGUCUAUGACUGUUUGUUCAGAUUGGCCCAAUCUGAUGCCCUGAAGAACGAGGAGGAGGUGGACUGUCUGGUGUUACAGUUGCAUCGUAUUGGAGAUCAGCUGGAGAAGAUGAACCUGCAGCUCAUGGAUGAGCUGUUCAAUCUCCUGAGGGAUGGAUUUCUCCUGCAGGAGGACCUGAGCUCCAUGGGCCACCUGCUCCUGCUGGAGAUCCUUGAGUUUCGCGCAGGAGGCUGGACUCUCAGCGAAACGGCUCAGAAAUACUACUACAGCGAAGUGACGGACUGAGGCCUCCACCAAUCAGAGAAACAAGAAGGCAGGAUGAAAUAGCAAUCCGUAGGAGCCAAGUGUGGAGGUUUUACUUUUAUAUUUACCUUUGAUGAAGGCUUGGUGAUUCACUAGGUAUGAGGUUUGACAUGAAGUAGAAGAUUGGAUUGUGACUUUUUGAAGUCGACUUGAAGUGACAUGAAGUUCAUCAUAUUUACUUUAAUACACAUUCCUGGUUUCAUUUGAUUUAGGUCUUAUAUUAGUGUCAAGGGCUGUAAUCAGAACACUAGAGACGAUUAGAUGGUUUUAUUUAAUAGAGAUGGAUAUAUUUAAUAAAUUGUUACUUGUUUUAUUUUCUUAAAUUGACUAGCACGUUAUAAUUGCCUCGGUAGAAAGAACAGCUAUUUCUAUUGUAUAGAAAGAAUUACUUCAAUUACAAAUCUGUUAGAAAAUCUAUGGUUUUAAUGAACCAAAAACAGUUUAUAAGAGUCACAUUUAAAUAUAAUGUUUCCUUAAGGCUAAUAUUUUUAUACUACGAAAAGAAGAGUGGCUGUAUAUCCAACAAAACUUCUACAGGUGCUGGAUGAAGAGAGAGAGUGUCACAAGCUUUGCAUAAAUUUGCACGGCUACGAUAAUAUUUUAUUCUUAUUUUGUAUCAUUUCAAUCUGAUGAAGAUCCACUGGACUGAAAUGUAAACAUGAAGUCAGGCGAUAUGCCAAAAUGUUGUAUUUGAAAGUAAAAAAUGAAGCUCCUGUGCAGCUGUUUUGGCCUCACUGAUUCCUCGGGCUCUUGCAGAGUAGACCGUGACUUGUAUAGUUGUCUUGAUGCCACAAGUUUCAAAUAAA